CUCACGAAGGAUUUUUUAGAAUUCGCAAGAAGACGCAUACACAAGCGCAUAGUGGGAAUUAUAUUUCGUGCGGUAGGAAAAGUGUGUUCAGGGAGCACGGCAGAUCCGCCAGGCAUGCAAUAUAUGGUUUGACGUGCGCUUGAAAGAAACCAAAAUAGGGCUACCAGAGUGGAUGGUAUCGGGAUCUGAAAAACUGAUUUUGAUAUUGUGAUUUGUAAUGUUCGUGGGAAAUAACGUGCCUCUGUGUGUGAGCAUCGGUGUUGAGUGGAGGACAGCGAGAGGAGGGAGCCGGAAAGAGGCGACAGAAAAAAGACGGAGUGUCAACAGAUCUCAUCUGUUUCGAGAAAUAGCGGGAAUGUUAAAGGGGGCGACUGUAAUGAUCAAAGUGUCCUCCAAUAGAAUAAUCCGCUAUAGAAAGCUUUUGCGCACAGUCUGCGGGCAAUACGCAUCUCUUCGUAGGAGAAAUUGUUGCUUCUUCUGGCGUUUGUCAGUGGCAGCGUGAAUGACUGAAUGAAAAAAUCCUUCCCAACACAAACACAACCCAUAGGUGAGAGACAAAGAUCAACAUCCAUUCAAGGAUACGUAGCAACUACACUGCACAAUCAGGACAAGAAGUGUACCGUAUCACAAGUUGUGCUAGUACCACAGACUGUUCCAAAGAACAAUCAACAAUAACAGAAGUACAGAACAAGAACAAGACGAGUUCUCUCUCUCUCUCGAACAAGAAGAAGAAAUACGAAAAAAAGACGUAGUAAAAAAGACCUACCAGUACCAAAAGCACGGAAAAUGGUGAAGCUUAUCAUCCGAUCCUUGGCUGUUAUUGCCGCCGCUGCUGGCGUCAGCGGCAUUGCUGUUGGUGACAACAACCGCCGAGGAAAAGCUAUGAACCGUUUGAGUUGAUAGCGAUAAGAAAAACAAAGUUCUAAUAUUUCUCUCUUGAUUGCCAGAAAAGCAUGAUGAUCUUCGAGUUGAAAGUACUAGUGGGAUAUCAACGUGAUUGUGUUUCUGAUUCAUCUUCCCUGAUCAACCACACAGAAAAAGUGAAACCACUUCCUUUCCCAACUCAACAAACCCCCUUCCUCUAGCCCCAGUUCAUGAUCCGCAGCGUCGCUCGCACGGAACAGCACCAGGUCCAACAACAGGAAGAGGCGGCGAAGAAUGAAGAACCGAAGAAGGAGAUGAAGAAGGUGGAAGAGGACGCCGAAGAGGAGGACCUCAAAGACCUGGAGGAGGAGGAACAGCGUUUCAACGAAAAGCACCGCCAGCGUGCCGCGGCUUACCUUUAUGGUUUGUGUCAUGUUGACGCAGAGUGUUUUCUUUUUUUGUAGUAGAGUUUUAGUGAUCGAUCUUUGUUUUCUAAUUCUAAAUUUUCUAAAGAAGCAAGGUACAACUCCAAUCAUACGAAUUUGAAAGCAGCGCAUCGAUAUGACAUUGAUACUUAGAAGUCCGUGAAUCUUUAGAUUAUUUAGAUUUUUAUUUUGGGCUUGUCAGUCUCAGUUUCAUGAUAAACCGAUUUGUAUUCUAUUCAACUUUCCCCUCCUCCUUUAAACCGAGUUCCCUUUGGAUCCCCCUCUCUGUUUCAUACCAACGCAGCCUAUCAACGCGAGAUGCGACUGACGCGUGCCGUCAACGAUACCACCGCUGCACCAGGCAACUCCACUACAGCUGCACCAGCCAAGUCCGGAUCCCUUCGCGUGACUGCCUCCAUGGUCGCCACCACACUUGCUGGUGUGUAUGCCGGUGUCCAGCUGUUGUUCUAGACGGAAUUCUCCAGUCGGAAUAGGUGGAGGUGAUGGGUUACAAGCUGGAGGUGAUCGAGACGGAGUGGAGCUGAUGCAGAUGUGAAGGAGACAAGCUGGUCGGUGAGUCGCAGUUGAGGAGUUGAAGAACAGGGGAAGUUGAAGUUCUCGAUUGUAGAUGUGAGUUGUCCUUGAGUCUUGUUUUCGUUUGCUUGCCUUCUUGCUAGCCAUUUAGUUGGUAGUAUUUCGAAAAUUUAGACUUCUUGAUUUUUUUCAUCUGCACUCUUCUUGAGGAGUUGUCUUCAUCAUUCUUCAUCAGAUCUAUGGAGAGGAGGGGAGAGAUAGUUUUCGUUUUGUUGGAGAUGGAUAGCGAUAUUCUGUCCCACCUAAUGGAGAUUUUCGACAUUGGAUGGGUUCGAUCAGUAAAAUGAAAACGCUACUACAACUAGUCGUAAAGGUAGUAGUUCUUUCUGAUAUAAACACUACAGCACCACAUGAUGAGCAGUCAUUUUUGAUGUUUUUUUUGUUGUCUGCAAGAAAUGAUCUGUGAAAUUGAUUCACUAGCUACAAGAAAGUUCGUUUUUCUUUUUCCACUGAACAACAGCAAUACAUUGUACUAUUUGUUACAAUUUCUAUCACAAAAUUUACGAAGGGUUACUACAAGUGGUCAAUAUCAUAGUUUCUGUGAGUUUCGUUUUACAUUAAAAUAAGAAGUCCAGCAUUACAAGUUCGUUGAAACCGCUAAGAUCGUCGUAACACAUACAGGUUUCACAACAACUCGUCAGUAGCGUUGUCCAGACAUGCUUCUGAGAAAAAUGCACUUGUUAUAUCGAAUCCCUCUCCACCAAUGUCGUAUGAUGAUUUGUCACAGCUUCAAAUCUGUUUCUACAACUACAUCUACUGCAGAUCGUAUUUCUACUAGAGACGGUAAAUAAAGUGAUUUAAGAUCAUUACUGUAGUUGUGAAGAUUUAGAUUUGUUGUUGUCAGAUUUAGAAAAUUUAGAUCUUUAUGUCCAAGACAACAUGUUGUAGCUUCAUCUGUUCAAGCACCACACGGAUAUCAUCUUAGGUCCUUACACUUUUCCACGGUCAAGUAGUUAUGCUAUUGAUCCCUGGGCUUGUGCACAAGAAGGAUGACAAGCGUUGAAUUCAACUCUGUCUUCGCUUGGGGUUGUCUAUCAGACCAAGGUGAACAUGAUCGAAGGGGUGGAUGAUACACUUCUGGCUUUCCAACGUGGUGCACUUUUCUGAUAGCAACCGUUUCGGUUUCACUCUAUGUAGUUGAGGCUCCUCUUUCCCACAGGAG